AUUACUACCACUAUUAAACCGCUUAAUUUAAGUGUACUUCAAUAAUAAUGUAUGUAUAUGACAUAGUAUCGUUUCAGUAAUUCCAAUAUUUAUUUCUCUUUACAAUUCAUACAAGGACGAACAUAAAAAGUUAUGAUAUUCAUAAGUUCGUGUCUCAUAAUGUUACAAGCGCAUUUACUACUUAGUCAGCCACUCAUUCCACCGUUGACUUGUUUUAUCACUAAGAAAACACGUUAUUAUUAAAACUCGUGUAAUUAAUCGUAAAAGUAAUCAGCAAUUAGAUAAUUAUAUACAUAUAUAUAUGUUCUUUGUGAGUGAAGAAAGACUUAGUGAAAAAUGCGGUUGAGAUAAUUGAGUUAAUUUAAGUGCAAUUUAAUGUAAAGUGCCUCUAAUUUUAUUAAAGCUAAUCAGAAUAUUUAAUUACAUCUUCAUUGUUUCUAUCGGUUUCUGUAUUUUAUAUUGUCUUGACGUCCAAAGUGAUCAUAUAAAAUGUUGAUAUCAAACAUGAACAAUAUUAAAAGCGGUAUUACACUGCAUUUAUAUUUUCUUGGGUGCGUGGCAUUUAGUACAGCUGAGUAUUUCGUAGAAAACACAAGGAAGUUUCCUGAUGGAUUUAUGUUUGGAGCCGCAACUUCUGCAUAUCAAAUAGAAGGAGCUUGGAAUGUUGAUGGAAAGUCUGAAUCUGUUUGGGAUCACAUUACUCAUAAGAGACCUUGUGUUCUCUCCAAAUGUGAAACGGGAGAUGAUGCUGCUAAUUCAUAUUAUUUGUACAAAGAAGACGUUCAAAUGAUGAGAGAUCUUGGUUUAGAUUUCUACAGAUUUUCAAUUUCAUGGACGAGAAUUCUUCCAACCGGCUUUCCAGACAAAAUAAAUGAAGCUGGAAAGAACUACUACAAUAACUUAAUCAAUGAAAUGCUCAAAUAUAAUAUAACGCCUAUGGUAACUAUGUUCCAUGUAGACUUGCCACAGAAGUUGUAUCAAAUGGGUGGUUGGACUAACCCUUAUGUUGUUGAUUGGUUUUCCGAUUACGCACGAGUUCUUUUUGAACUAUUUGGCGAUAGAGUUAAGCGAUGGCUUACUAUAAACGAACCGAGAGAAACCUGCAAUCAAGAAUUUGCAACUGGUUACAAAGAUUUAUAUGGUGUUGCUGAAUAUCUUUGCGCAAAAAACGUUCUUUUAGCACAUGCUACAGCUUACCACAUUUAUAAUAAUGAAUUUAGAGACUCGCAAGACGGACAAAUUGGAAUAGUUAUAUGUGCCUUCUGGUAUGAGCCUGAAAAUGAAAUGCAUUUUGAAGCAGCUGAAGACAUCGCUUUGUUUGAGUGGGGGCAAUUUACUCAUCCUAUAUUCUCUGAAAAUGGUGACUUUCCAGAAAAAAUGAAACAAUUAAUAGAAUACAAAAGUUUUAUGCAGGGUUUUAAAAGGUCAAGACUACCUAAACUAUCCUCCAGAGAAGUAGCAAUGAUUAAAGGCAGUGCAGAUUUUCUCGCACUUAAUCAUUAUUCUACAGAAAUAGUUUAUAGAAACGAGUCUACUAGUGGUUUCUUUGAAUCACCUUCCUUCUAUGAUGAUGUCAAUGUUAUUAAAUAUGUACCUUACGAAUGGAAAAAUACAGGAUCAGGGGCGAUGAAUGUACCUUGGGGUAUUUAUAAACUUUUAACUAAAAUUCGAGAGGAUUAUGGCAAUCCUCCCGUCUAUAUAUCCGAAAAUGGCUAUGCUGGUAAAUCUGGUAUAAUUGAUGACAAUAGAAUCUUAUACAUGAAAGAAUAUCUAAAUGCAAUACUAGAUGCUAUGGAGGAAGGUUCUGAUAUUAGAAUGUAUACAGCGUGGAGUCUCAUGGAUAAUUUUGAAUGGGGCAGUGGCUAUGAUACAAAAUAUGGCCUCUAUGAAGUGAACUUCACGAGUGGUAACUUUGAACGUGUUCCACGCAAGUCCGCAUAUUUUUACCGGAACCUUCUUAAAAAACGUAUUCUGGAUAUGAACUAUGAGACUGAUAUGUCCGUUCCGAUCUAUGAAAGUAAUUAAAUAUAAUAUAUAAAUUUAAUUA